AUGACUUGGUUGAAUGAUUGGCUUAUGGAACAUGUCGAUUUCUAUCGAUACGCGUUGAAACAAGCUGACUAUCGGACGAAAGAUUGGUUUUUAUUAUGGGCUGAUCCAAUUCCAACACUUUUCCUGACGUUUAUUUAUCUCCUGAUUGUCUAUUUCGGUCCAAAAUAUAUGAAAAAUCGGGCAGAAGUUCGUGUUCCGGCUAUGAUACUCUUUCUCUACAAUAUGGCUCUCGUUGUUUUGUCAGGAUAUAUGGUGACCGAGAUUUUUUUGGGUGUUUAUCGUAGUCGAUAUAAUGUAAUUUGUCAGAGAAUGAUUGUGACGAAUGAUAAAAAUGAAAUGCGAGUAGCGAAUGCUCUAUGGUAUUAUUAUUUUUCGAAAUUAAUCGAGUUUUUGGAUACGAUAUUCAUGAUUAUUCGAAAGCGCUUCAACCAAAUUACAUUUCUACAUGUUUUCCAUCAUUCAACUAUGUUUUUUCUCUGGUGGAUUGUUUUAACAUGGGUACCGGGUGGACAAGCGUGGAUGGGACCGUUUUUAAAUUCAAUCGUUCAUGUUUUUAUGUAUUCGUAUUACGGUUUGUCAGUUUUUCCAUCAUUACGCGAUAAACUUUGGUGGAAACGAUACAUAACAAUGUUGCAACUUACACAAUUUGUCAUUGUUUUAACUCAUACAUUUGGAGGAAUUAUUUAUGGAUGCGAUUAUCCAUUGUGGGGUCAAUUGAUGCUCGGUGGUUACAUGGUUAUAAUGUUAUUGUUGUUCCGGAAUUUUUAUGUUCAGGAAUAUAAAACAAGAGAUAAACGGGUUAAACAACGUAAAGACAAAUGA